AAAAAAGAAGCCUUUGCAAUGUUGCCCACCGAAAACCCUACCUCUAGUCCCUAUCUGAUUCCCCAGAAUUUCAUCAAAGCAACUUGGAUUCGAUAAUCUCCUCCUUGGUUACAUUUCCGGAUUCUCCAUCUCUCUCCAUAAGCUCCUCUUUCGAUCGAGUACUUGAUAAUCUUCUCUCCUCUUGUGAUGUCUCCGUUCAAGACCAACUCGUCAAUCGUACUCUCGAGCGACUCUCGCUUCUUCUCCAAUCCACCAAACGAUGCUCUCAGAAACUAGCCACACUCCACAAUUCCAUCUCCUGGUUCCUCCCUUCUGAACUCACCGUUAAGGUAACCAAUCAAUAUGGAUUUCUCUUAAUUAUAUUGGUCCUAGCCACAUGGUUGAUACAAAGUCCCUAAUGCAAGCUUCUACAUGCUUCACAAUGUUCAAUAAGUGUGCCAUGGACCCUUUAUGUUACUCUCAUAUUGACUUGACAAAAGCAUUUAAAUAUGUUGAUGACCGUGUUUUGCAUACUUUGCUCAAUCGUUCUGGAAAACAACUCAGAUCCCUUAAACUUGGUCGUGUUGAUGCUCCCGGAUCUGUGUUUAGAAGUUCUUGUCUUCCUCCAUUAAUACAUUAUAGGAAUAGUGCGAGCAGAUCCCUUAAACUUGGUCGUGAUGCUCCUAGUCCUGGAUGUUUUUUUACAAGAUCUUGUCUUGAUCCACUAAAACUUACGGGGAAUCUUUUGACAAGUCUACACAUUUACUUUCUUGGAUUCAUGAACAUGGAUUCCUUAUUGGAUUCAUUGUCAGCCUGCUCGAAUCUAACCGAUUUGAAGAUUGUUGGAGUGAAUGUUUUGUUAGAGCCUAUAUUAGAGUUACUUGCGAGAAAGUGUUGCUUGAUAGAGCAUCUGUUCUUAGAUAACUGUUAUCAAGGCAUGAUAACAUAUCCAACCAUCAAAUUGUUUGUGACCAACUGCCUCAAGAUAACUUCUCUAACACUCCUAGAUUUUAGGCUAAAUGACGCAAUGGCCCAAAUCCUUGUUACGGGUUUUCGCAUACUGAAAUAUAUCAAUCUAUCCAACACAGCUGGAAUCACUGGAAGCUUUUUGAGGAAUUUGGGACAUAGAUCUAAUGACAGUCCUCUACAGACACUAAUACUACGUGAUUGUUUUUCUCUUCAAGAGAGAGAAGUUGUGGAGUUUUUGAAUUCACUAAUCGGGGAAACGUCAGAUCCAUUAGAUACAUUGAUGUAUCAAGCAACAACGGUUUAGCUUGUGAUGGUGAUAGAAGAACUUCUAAACCAAAUUUUACUUUAGAGAAGCUGAAAGAAGAAAGAUUGGAUAUCACAUUUGUUGCGGAUUUUUCCUCCAUAAGACCAAGCUACUAGAAAAAUUAUUUUCGCAGCUUAACGGAGGAUUACAUGGAGAUGUGGUAAAUUUUUUUGAGGGACGUUUAUGGAUAAAUUUUAAUUAUUUGGAAAAACCAAGAUAAAACAUUUUGAUAUCUUAAUAAUAUUCAUGCUUUAAACUAAUUAUGU